AUGGAUGAAGUUUCUGAGAAAGUGAAGGUUGAAGAAACCGAACUUUCCCUCAAGCAAAACAAUGGGCAACCAAAAUACCUUUUGAAGAGAUUCUCACCACAAGAGAAUCCCAAAGAAACUACCCAAUUGAGCACUCAAGAAAUUAAACAAGAAAAACUAGACAUCAAUCUUGGACUCUCUUUGGGUGGCAUUUACAGUGAAAACUCCAGUGGAAAACCUCUAACUAGAUCAUCAUCAAUCAUUGGGGUGCUGACCCCGAAGAAUGACCAUCAGGAGUUUGAUUCUCCAUUGCCUAAUUCCUUCCUUUCAUUGUCAAGGUCUUGCUCCGUUCCUACUGAGGCAGAGCAAGAGCAGAGGAAGGCAAGUCUGAUGGCUUUGGCAAGGAGGGGAAUUGAGUCUACUCAGAGAUUCAUGGGGGAGAGGAGUAAGAAGGAAGACCCCGAGCAGCAAAAAUCUCCAGCUAGAGAACCAAUGCCAUCUUCACCGUCUAAAGUAGCUGCCUGGGCUGCCGCUUCUGCUGCUAAGAGCCCUGCCUUGUGUCGUGCCCUUGUUCAGAUCAAGAGGCAGUUCGCUUUGUAUGGCAACAGAAAACUUGAAGGCAUUGUGGUUUCACUAUUGCACUACAAAGCCAUUGUUGUAACUUUGUGCUCAACGACAAUUUUCAAUCAAAUUGGGGGUGCCCAAUGA